AUGACGCCAUUGGACAGGUCAGGACGUGGGGCGAUGACAUCAUUGGACAGGACAGGACGCGGGGCUGCGGUGGCGGCCCGCACUCGGCUCACCCCAUUUCCGACGCCCCUUGGCGAGCGCAGCAGCCGGCGGCCCGUGGCGGCGCGGCCUGGGGGCUUCCCGGUGCGGCAGGCGGCGGGGGUGGCGGCCUCCUCCGGGCGCGGCCGGACCGCCACGUGGCCAAGGGCGACAAGGCCGGCCUGGGCGCGUGGGCGCUCCGUGGCUGGGGCCUCGGUUUCCCCGCCGUGGGCGCGUGGGCGCUCCGUGGCUGGGGCCUCGGUUUCCCCGCCGUGGGCGCUCCGUGGCUGGGGCCUCGGUUUCCCCGCCGUGGACGCCGUGGGGCGCUCCCGUGGCGGGUCUCUAGCGAGGUCGGUGGCUCCGGGCUCCGUCCCCUCGUCCUUACCGGAGCACCGGCGUCCGCGCCCCACUCCCAAGGGAAAACGCAGCUGCCCACCGCCCUCCAGCGGAUCCGCCAAUAGCAGCGCGGCGCCUGAGUCACGUGGCCGUUGGCGGCCGGGGACGAGCCCGGCGCGGACCCUCAGGGCCUGCGUCCCGAGCAUGGCGUCCGCGGCGGCGGCUUGCACGCAUCGGAGCCCGGACGCGCGGGACGAGGACGAGAACCGUGACUCGGAGGACGCGGACAGCGUCUGGGGCUCGGACACCUCCGCGGGCAGCGGCUCCACUGAUUUUGAACCUGAGUGGCUGGACAGUGUGCAAAAAAGUGGUGAGCUGUUUUAUUUGGAAUUGAGUGAAGAUGAAGAAGAAAGCAUUUUUCCUGAGACAUCGACUGUGAACCAUGUCAGAUUCAGUGAAAAUGAGAUUAUCAUUGAGGAAGAUAAUUACAAGGAAAGAAAAAAGUAUCAACCCAAACUCAAACAGUUUACUAAAAUUUUAAAAGGUAAAAGACUUUUACCCAAGUGCUACAAUAAAAAAAAUAGCAAUGAUAAUGGGCCGAUAUCCAUUCUAAAGCAUCAGUCCCAUCAGAAGGCAGGUAUCAUUGUCCAACAGAUGCAUAAAGAUGUGAAUAUUUAUGUAAAUCCCAAAAAAUUAACUGUCAGCAAAGCCAAAGAGCAGCUUAAACUUCUGGAAGUACUGUUUGGAAUUAUCCAUCAGAACAAGUGGAGUUGGAGAAGAAUUGGAAAACAGGGCAGUGGAGAGAGGCUUGUGGUCCACGGCCUGCUGCCUGGAGGGUCUGCUAUGAAGAGUGGCCAGGUGUUAAUUGGUGAUGUCCUUGUUGCUGUGAAUGAUGUUGCUGUGACCUCAGAAAACAUAGAGAGAGUUCUGUCUUGUAUUCCUGGACCCAUGCAGGUGAAACUGACAUUUGAAAAUGCAUAUGCUGUGAAAAAGGAAACUAUCCAACCAAGAAAGAAAAAGACACAGACAAACACAAGUGAUUUAGUGAAGCUCUUCUGGGGAGAGGAGGUUGACAGCAUCCAGAAUCCUCCACAUUCUCCACACAUCAUCAUGUAUCUCACACUGCAUCUUGACUCGGAAACCUCAAAGGAAGAGCAGGAAAUUCUGUAUCAUUAUCCAAAGUCUGAAGCAUCUCAGAAACUAAAAAAUGUGAGAGGGAUUUUUCUCACACUCUGUGACAUGCUGGAAAAUGUAACCGGGACACAAGUUACCAGUUCAUCCCUCCUUUUAAAUGGGAAGCAAAUUCAUAUAGCUUACUUGAAAGAGUUUGACAAGUUGUUGUUAAUUGGCCUACCUGCUGAAGAAGUUCCUCUUCCCCAACUAAGGAAUAUGAUAGAAGAUGUUUCCCAAACCUUAAAAUUUAUGUAUGCUUCUUUAGAUGGCGCCUUUUGCCAGGUUGAGAACAUACCUUGUUUGGAUCAUUUUUUCUACUUGUUCUUUCAAAGAGCACUUCAGCAGGCUAAGCUACAUUCCAGUGUCUAUCCCAGUGCUCAACAGUAUGAUGUUUCUAGUUCAGUACUUCUAGACAACCUCCCUGGAGUUCGGUGGCUCGUACUUCCACAGGAAAUCAAGAUGGAAUUAGACACAGCAUUAAGUGACCUGGAGGCUGCAGACUUUUCAGAACUGUCUGAAGAUUACUAUGACAUGAGACGGCUAUAUACAAUUUUGGGGUCUUCUCUAUUUUAUAAGGGUUAUUUGAUAUGCAGUCAUUUGCCUAAGGAUGAUCUUAUUGAUAUUUCUAUCUACUGUCGCCACUAUUAUCUACUGCCUUUAGCAGCAAGACAAAGAAUAGGUCAGUUGAUAAUAUGGAAAGAAGUAUUUCCUCGACAUCACCUCCAACAUGCCACAGACUCAAAUUUUGAAGUCUUUCAAGAACCUGAAGGGAGAUAUUUUUUACUAAUUGUUGGACUGAAACAUUAUAUGUUAUGUGUACUAUUAGAAGCUGGAGGCUGCUCAUCCAAAGCUAAUGGAAAUCCUGGUCCAGACUGUAUAUAUAUAGAUCAAGCCAAAACAACUCUUCAACAGCUGGAAGGAGUAGAUUCUUAUAUAAAUGAACAGCUUAUAUCUUCUUCAAACACCUGUUUGUCUUGUGCUGACUGGUUCCUUGCUGGACCACAUGAAAAAGUAGAUAGUUUGACUACUUCUCCUGUCCUCAGUAGGCUGCAAAGUACUUCUAAAACAGCAGCUUCUCCAACGUGCAGAAGAACACUUUUUGGUGACUCUUCCUUAAAGACACGGAAGCCCAGUCCUUCCCGAAGCAGUGGAGGAUCUGACCAUGGUUGUGAAGGUGAAGAAGGUGUUAGUACAAAUCUGCAUACUACACCAGAUGUGGUAUGGAAGCAAAGAGAAUCUCAGGGCUCUGGUGGUUCAGAAGAAAGUGGAGCCUUGCUUAAGAUCACUAAAAAGAAGUCUACUUUCCCAAAUCCAUUUCAUUUGGGAAACUUGAAAAAGGACCUUUCAGAAAAAGAAUUGGAAAUAUAUAGUACAAUGAAACUGACAUCUGGGCCUGAGAAUACUCUUUUCCACUACCUUGCCUUGGAAACAGUGCAAGGAAUUUUCAUCACUCCCACCCAUGAGGAAGUAGCUCAGCUAAGCGGCUCUGUCCACCCUCAGCUAAUAAAGAAUUUUCAUCACUGUUGUCUCUCUAUCCGUGCAGUUUUUCAACAGACACUGGUGAAAGAGAAAAAGAAGGCACUAAACGGUGAAGAUCAUUCACAUUCUACAGAUUCUACAGUAUCUUCUCUUAGCCCUGUGAAAGAAUAUGGUGUGUUGUUUGAAUGCUCUCCUGAAAAUUGGACUGAUCCGAAAAAAACACCACCAGUUAUGACUUACUGGGUAGUAGGGAGACUCUUUCUUCAUCCAAAACCUCAGGAACUUUAUGUCUGCUUUCAUGACUCAGUCACAGAAAUUGCCAUUGAAAUGGCUUUUAAAUUGUUCUUUGGCUUAACUUUGUAGUUCUGACAGUGCUGAAAGAUCAAAUUCAACAUGUAGCAAUAAGGUUUAGCUUCUUUUCACUUUCCAUAAUUGAAUGUAAUAAGUAUUGAAAUGAAAUGGUUUGUAUUUAGGCAUCAAACUUAUGUAGGACUAAAGGACUUCAGAGAAGUCUUUCAAAAUAUGAACAAGGGAUUAAUUUACUGACAUGUUGGUAUAUAAUGUUAAUUUACUCACUAAUUUGAAAUAAUAUGAAGUGUUUUCUAUUAAAUUAAUGUUGGACUUGUUUAUUUUGAAGAAAGACCUAACACUUUUUUUUUCUUUUGUCGGUCAUGGGGCUUGAACUCUGGG